AUGUGGGCAGAGGGUUCGGGAGGAGAGGACGAUGACCUCUUGGGCGACGCUCGACCGUUCAAACAGUCAAACAGUCAGUCUCUCUUUCUCUCUCGAGAGCCGACCGACACACGCCACGGUCGAAUGCAAAUCGACGUAGGAGAACUCAUGUGGAAAAUUCGAAUUCAUAGCAGGUGGUCGUCCUACUUCAAGGUUUUAAAUUCUAAGAAAUUGAAGGGAGAGAGGCUUUUUCCCAGCUCAAAUAAGGAUUUUUUAACCAUGCUGCGUGUUGAACUGCACCCAGAUUCGUCCAAAGAUAGCGCACCUUUUGACGAAGUAAUUACAUAG